AGCCCAGCAUCCUUAUCACUAACGCUAGACGAGACAGCAGAAGCUUUUGAGACCAUUCCAGGACCAUGAAGGGACUCGUACUCAGCUUAGCCCUCGCCACUCUGUAUGUCCUGUACGUACAGGCUGAUGUUCCCCUCCAGCCGGACUUCCAGGAGGACAGAAUUGUUGGAAAGUGGUAUGGCAUCGGUUUGGCCUCCAACUCUGGCUGGUUCAAGACUAAGAAGCAGUUCUUGAAGCAGUGCAGCACCGUCAUUACUCCUACUGCUGAUGGGAACCUCGACGUUGUGGCCACCUAUCCUAAGCAGGACCGAUGUGAAAAGAAGAGCAUGACCUACAUCAAAACUGAAGAACCUGGCCGUUUCCUGUCCAAGAGCCCACGUUACGGCAGUGAUCACAUCAUCUCAGUGGUGGAGACCAACUACGAUGAAUACACUGUGAUGCACACUCUGAAGACUAAGGGCAAUGAGGUCAACACUGUUGUGUCACUGUUUGCCAGAGGCAAAGAGCUGAGACCAGAAAUCCUGGAAAAAUUCAAGCAGACUGCUAAGAAUUAUGGACUGACUGAUGAAAACAUCAUCAUCCUUCCUCAAACAGAUAAGUGCAUGACUGAAGCAUAAGAGAGAGAAGAUGCAGUACCCCAAUCUUUCCACUAGAUGGCAUCCAUGUUAUAGCUGGGUUUAGCUUGCUGUGUGAAAGUCUGAGCACAAUAAACUCCUGCAUGAAUCCCUCA